AUGGGUCGCGAGGAUCACGUUUCUCCGUUCCCGGAAAACUGCAUUGCCAAUGCGCGCGAGGUGCGAGGCUGGACGCGUGAAGAGGGCGAAUGCUGCACCGCCGAGGCGUUCCGUCUCGACCUCAACAGUAGCCCUGGCUCUGCCUGGAACAAAUCCGCCAUCACUGUCUUCGUCGACGACUUUAUCGAAGUAGGGGCCUAUGCCUGUACGGACCGCGCUCAAAUUCGGCGGAUGAUGAAUAGGCAUUUCCGGACCCUGAAGCGUCGUUACAAGGCAGCAAUGGCUGAUAUCGAGGCGGCUUCGCGAGGUGCUACCGUGGAUAGGUCUCAAGGCAAGACGGACGCGGCGAAGAGGCAACGUCGGUACAACAAGCAUCAAAAGCGCCUUCGUAUCGCUCUAUGGUACCCCGAGACCCGUAAACACGGUCCGCUGGUUCACGCCCUCGGUCCUGACGGCAUGAGCUCCGACGAGGAGGAAUAUAGCGGUACAAUCUUACUGCACUACCGCAUCUCAAGCUGCCCGUGGAGAGAAACCCGCGUGACGUCUAUCAUGCGCCUGCUCGACGCUCUCGAGCGCAGGUACCGGAGCGAUCUCGGCCAAGGAGACUUGCGCGGUGCCAAGACUCGCCUGCGGUGCUUGUCCGAGAAAGUGUCAAAGCGGACGCGUGGAGUUCCCGGUUUACCGCGUGAUGCGUACGAUGCAGCGUGGCUAGAGGGCCUUCGCCCGUUGGAGCGGCGUGACCUUGAAGUCAAAGAAGGUGUCUAUGACUUCUCUGUGCCGGCCAACAUCCAGAUGUGA